UCGCUCGAAUUCCCCUUUAUUUUGUGUUUUACGUCCGAAAAGUCGUUAGGAUAAUCAUAAGUGAAAUCAAAUAUCAUCAGUCGGUUAUUAAAAUCGUAUAAAACCGACGAGUUGUUUAAAUGCAGUUCACUGUUUGUUCUGAUAGUCGCACGUGGUAGUUACUCCUAAAAACACGGAAUUUAUUAUGACAGAAGUGAUUAAAGUUCCUUUUAAAUAAGUAUUUAAGAAUAAAAAUAAAUAAAAAAUAAGUGAUACAUAUAUGUAUGUAUGUUUGUACAUAAUAUUUGACUGAUAGCAGAGGCAGUGUUCCUUUUUAAUAAAUCAAAGAAAGUGCAAAAAAAAAUCACAUCCUAAAUACUUUAUUUAUUAAUAAGAUAUCAAUUGAAAAAGGGUCAACAGGAUGAUGCCAAUACAUAUGAUGCGUUCUAUUGGGGUUGGAAUUAUAGUGACUUUAAUAGUGAUGUCGACACCGAGCGCAGCUCCAGUACCCAGUCAUACAAAUGUUCUAUACAAUGAUUUUAACGAAGUUCCCGAUGACAUUUUGGUAGACUUGAUGGCUCGCUUUGGACAGACGAUCUUAAGAGCUAGAAGUGAUCUUGAAAACUCGAAACGCACAGUCGAUUUUGGACUCGCUCGUGGUUUUUCGGGGACACAAGAAGCAAAGCAUCGAAUGGGACUAGCUGCAGCAAACUUUCCUGGUGGCCCAGGAAGAAGACGACGCUCUGAAACCGAAGCCUAAAUCAAUUAUAGAAAUCACUGAACGUAUCCAAAAUGCCUGUUUUGUUUUAUUUAAUUUUGAAAUUGUUUGAGAAAUAAUGAUGAAAAAUGACACAUAAAUAAAAAAAAAAACUAAUAAUAAAAUAGUAAAUAACUUGCAAAAAUAUUAACAUUACUAUUAUUAUUGGGGAAGGUGUUUGUUACUUCCCAAGAACUAUUUUGGGAAUGAAAGCAUAAUUUCCAAUCAUUGUAAAAAAAAUAUAUACAUACACACAUACAUGUUUAUAGAAUUACAUAUUUAAAUAUAAUGCAAUAUUUUUAUUUAUUAC